UGUCCUAAAUUUUGGCGGGUUGCUAAACAUGUAACACGAUACAUGAGUUGGUUAGGAGUCCCCCCCUCAAUCUUUGAGGAAACAUUUUUACACAUGUUAAUUUGUCAUUCCACGUUUGACGUGAAUUUCAUUUUGUGCGCUAUUAGCAUUUAAAAUCUAUGUUUUUUUUUUAAAUUAUCUGACUUGCAUGUGUAAGCGCUUUAUCUGACUGGAUGAACAAACAUAGGUCAUGUAUAAAUUCAGACUAUGAAAACGUGCAUCUUGCACAUUAUGACCACGAAUUAAUUAGCCUCAUCAAACUUAACUUCAGGCAACAUCUUUCGUUUGAACCAUGACCAUGGGUUCAGCCCUCUAUUCCAAUUUCUCUGGUUAGCCACGGACAGACAACAGUUGCACGGACACUGCGCAUCCAUUGGUCGGAGGCACCACGACAUCGGUACCCGCCCCUGAGUUGCAUUGCCUAAAUCCCCACGGACACUCCAAGCGCAGGGUCAGAGGAGCGCACCUGUGUGUUCGACUGUCAACUAGCCACACUUGUACAGAAUUAUGAGUGGACGGGUUGGCGACCUCAGCCCAAAGCAGGCUGCUGCUUUGGAAGAGUUUAGAGAAAGAGUUCAGGACAUCCUGCCUCUACUGCCUUCCCAGAGCGACCACUACCUUCUACGAUGGCUCAGAGCCAGGACAUUUAACGUUGACAAAUCUGAGAGUAUGCUCAGAAAGCAUGUGGAGUUUCGCAAGUACAUGAAAGCGGACACAAUCAUUGAAGACUUUAAACCACCCGAGGUGAUUGAGAAGUAUGUCUCAGGGGGAUUGUGUGGCUUUGACAAGGAGGGAAACCCCAUCUGGUAUGACGUCAUCGGGCCUCUGGACCCCAAAGGUCUGCUGAUGUCUGCCACAAAGCAGGACUAUAUAAGGCUCAAGGUGCGGGACACGGAGAUGCUGCGCAAAGUGUGCGAGCAGCAGUCUGAAAAGAUUGGGAGGCACGUGGAGGCCAUCACCCUGAUCUACGACUGUGAGGGGCUGGGCAUGAAGCACAUGUGGAAACCUGCUGUGGAGGCCUACGGAGAUAUUCUCUCCAUGUUUGAGGAGAACUACCCAGAGAGCCUUAUAAGAGUGUUUCUCAUCAAGGCUCCCAAAAUCUUCCCAAUCGCUUUCAACCUCGUGAAGCAUUUUCUGUGUGAGGAGACCCGCCGUAAGAUUCUUGUGCUUGGAGGGAACUGGAAGGAUGUUUUGAGGAAGCACAUCGAUGAGGACCAGCUCCCUGUGGCCUAUGGAGGCACACUGACGGACCCCGAUGGAGAUCCCUAUUGCAGGACUAAGAUUAAAUAUGGCGGUGUGGUGCCGAGGUCCUAUUACGUCCAGGACUCCAUCAAGGUGCAGUACGAUCAGACGGUGACCAUCAGUCGAGGAUCAUCCUAUCAGCUGGAGUGUGAGGUCCUCAGCCCAAACAACAUGCUAAGGUGGCAGUUUGCCAGUGAGAGUGCAGACAUUGGCUUCGGUGUGUUUCUGAAGAGGAACGGCAGCAGCGCUGGCGACCAGCAGAAGGUCUCGGACAUGGCGGAGGUGGUACCCAGCGAACGCUACAACGCCCACUUUGUGCCAGAGGAUGGAUCGCUCACCUGUGCAGAGCCUGGAGUGUAUGUCCUGCGCUUUGACAACACCUACAGCGUGCUCUCGUCCAAGAAGGUGAGCUUCAGCGUGGAAGUCCUGACUCCAGAGGGGGAGCCUCAGCCUCGCACCCGCAGGGAGGCCAGCUCGGACUAGAGCUGACCCACCCCCUCUGUAGUUUUUUGAGUGAGGAGUCUGCACACUUAAAAUCCCUUUUUUUGUUUUAUUAUUAAUUGUUUUAUUAAUCCAGCCAUGAAAUAGUAAUAAUAAAAAACAACAAAAAGGAUUUUAAGUGUGCAGACUCUUCACUCAGAAAACUAGAGUCGGCCUUUGUCCUGCACCUUUUCCUGGGAUGUGCACUAUCUUCACCUUCAACUGACCCACACCCUCAACUACACCCACACCUAACCUGGCUCUCACCAGACCUGCUUAGUGCUGGGCAGCACCUACGCAAGCUCCACGCACACGUCUGGAGAGCUGCGUGUUGGGAUUAUUUUUCGACAGCUUUAUCUACCACUUUUCCGUCCUUGCCGCCAAUAAAUUCCUUCAAAUUCG